CCUAGCUUUGACCCUGCUGGCGUGCCGUAGUGGCGGUUCCCUCGUCAGUCUGCAGACUUUCAAACACUUUGAGAUAUUCGGAAAAAGUGGGAAUUAUUAUAAUACUGAGCGCCGGAGGAGAAACUGCUGAUUAAACAGGGAUAACUGGACUCGGGGAAAAGUGCUUUAUCUAUAAAUUCACGAGAGGUUUGCUAUGGAGGAGCUGACCCGGUUGGUGUCAUCAGGUGACUGCCUGAAGAUAUGGGACUCAGCCUCUAUGACUGUAGUGGAGCAGUUCAAUCCCCACAGUGCCACCCACCCUCUGGCCCAAGUAUGCUGGAGCAGCAGCAAUCAGUACAUUGUCAGUGCCAGCAGUAUAGGAGACAAGCUGGUGGUGACUAGCCUGAAGUCUUCACCAGUCCCUGUAAUGGAGCUUGCUGAAGGGAAAAAGCAGACACGGGUUGCUCUAAAUUCCACAUCACAGUUUCUGGUCAGUGGUGGCCUAGACAAUACCGUUAACAUCUGGGACUUAAAGACAAAGAGAUUGCACCGUAGCCUCAAGGACCAUAAAGAAGAAGUGACGUGUGUAUCCUUCAAUGGUGGUGAUAGCUACAUAGCAUCUGGUUCUACCAGUGGAGACAUUAUCCUUCACAGCAUUACCACCAAUCUGUCCAGCAAACCCUUUGGCCAUGGGCCUAAUGAACCAGUUCAUGACCUGAAGUACUCACUGAUAAAGCGGUCUUUGUUGGGAAGUGUGUCAGACAGCGGCUCUGUGGUGCUCUGGGAUGCUAACACACAAAAGGAAGUACACACAUUUGAGGGAGCACACAAAGCUCCUGCAUCAGGCCUGUCCUUCUCGCCUGCCAAUGACUUGCUCUUCAUCACAGUGGGCUUGGACAAGAAGAUCGUCUGCUAUGACACUGCCAGUAAAAUUAUUUUCCGUAGUAAGCAGGUGGAGUCCCCUCUCACAGCGGUGGACUUUACUCCAGAUGGUGCGGGGCUGGUAGUGGGCUCCACUCAAGGAAGGAUCUACAUGUAUGACUUGCGUAAUUUAAGUGCCCCUAUCAAAACUACCACAGCUCACAAGACUUCAGUUACCUGCAUCCGAUUUCAGCACUCAAAUACUAGACUAAAGACCAGUAAAACAGUGUCCAGCAAGGUUUCCUCAACGCAGUCCAAAAGAAUAUCUGUGAAACUGGGGCAGAAUCAACAGAGUGGACCUCCAACCCCCACCUCCACUGUGCCCUCUAGCAUGCCUGUCCUCGAAAACCUAUCAGAGAAUUUAGGGAAUACUGGUGAUGUGUCUUCUAAGGAGGCCGAAGGGCAACACAGCCUGGACAAAUUCAGCAGUGUGGGUCGAAACAGUCUGAGUCUGGAUGUUUUCUCACCAGUUGCUGAUGGUUUGAAAACACAUGGUUUUAGUGGUGAUACUCCAACAUCAAGAAAUGGAGGCAGCAGCAGUGCAGAUUUGUUCUUUCGAGAAGCUGAAGGCCAGCAUGGUUCGGACAAGUUCAAGGUGGGCCGAAACAGCCUAGACAUUUUCUCUCCUGUCCGAGACGAUUAUAAAAGUUAUAGAAUGAGUGAUGCCUCAAGUGGAAAGAAAGACUUAGAUUUUUUACCUCAGUAUCACGGCUCAGCUCAGCGAAAAAACCCACUGGGCACACCUGGCAGUCGCUGCUACAGUCCACUGUCUGCUGUCCAAACACCCCCUGCUAUCAAAGAGGAAGAGCCUGUUACAACAAUGCCUCCCCAUACAGAUGCGCAGAACAGUGUAAUGAUGGAGAAGACUAAUGGUCCCCGGACAGACGUUAUGACCACACCUCCUGCCUCUCAGACUGCACAUAUUCAGCAGUCAGUGCCUCCAUUCAACACCCCUGAGCCCAGUCAGAGGAGGGAAGUGCCGACCCAGCUCACCUAUGACUCCCCUGUGAAUAGUAGCCAGCCUGUACCAGCAGCAGAAGCAGCAGCUGCAUCUGCUGCUGGAAGUGGUGGAGCACCGCUCACAUCUGUCCAGAUGAAUUUUGUACGCAACAUGAUCCACGAAGCACUAGAGGACUUCAGGGAUACAUGCCAUAGAGACAUUAUUAACCUCCAGGUGGAAAUGGUGAGGCAGUUCUAUAUUCAGUUGAAUGAAAUCCACGGACUCAUAGAGAGAUACUCUGUUAAUGACUCUCUCGUGGAGGAGAUUGAGAAGCUGAAGGAGGAAAACAGACGACUCCGAGCGAAUUACUAAAAAGCACUUGACUCUUUUGAUGUGUGUGAAAUAAAUCUCCCACAGGCCUCGCUGCAAGGCUUCAGCCAAAGCCAGGAGUGGCACUACAGCACUAACCUGGGAGAUGAAGAAAAGGGAGAAUAUGUCAUAUUUUUCUGUCAAUCUCUGAAGUAAGAACUCAUCCCCCAGAUUUAGGGCACAAAUACUGUUAUGUAUAUAUACAUCCCACCAGUGCACAUUAUUAGGCAACAGAAGGGCUUUUCUACCAUUACUGUGCCUUCAGACACAGAGAGAAUACCUAUAAGCAUUUCUUUCUAUACUUUGCAUACAUACAAUUUUGCAUACUUUUUCUACAAUAGAUUUGUAGUGAACAUAUUACAGCGUACAGGUGUGAAUGUUUUGCGGUGGUAAUCAGAUCUGAAGUGUGAGUCUUCACUGUGUGAAUGCUUUAGGUAUUUGUAAUUCAUCAUUGUGUAAGUACAUGGACAAAAAUAAAAAAAGUGCACAACAUUUUAUAUUGAAACAAUUAAAAUAUGAGCAUGUAAUGAUGUAAACACCAGCUAUACUGAGAGUUUCAUAAAAAAAAAAACAAGGAAUGGGCUUCAUUUAAGUGACCUGUUAUUAAAAAUGAUAAUAAAGGUAUGUUUAUACUGCUUAGUAUUUGCUUAUGCAGUAAACCA